AUGUCGGAUAUUCCUACAGAUAGAGUAACACCGGUGCAUGUAAUACCACAACGACAGCCUAGAAUUCCACCACAAAUUGCCGAUGGUGACACAAUGGAACGACUUUUUCAAGCAUUGUUUUAUCGUAUUGCUGUUAUUUAUGCUCGAGUCAUUCCGAAUUAUAUUCGUCGAUUAGGAGAAACUGCGAUACUUAUUAUGGCCAUAUUUUGUUUGGGUUUACUUAUUUAUUUUCAUGUUGUAUUCAAUCAAAAACCAAUGACAUGUCUAUCUCAUUUACAUAAUGUAUGGCCAAAAGACGGUGUACUUCGUGUUGAACUUUUUUUAGAAACACCACCGGAAGAUUACAAUCUUCAACAAUCAUAUGCUAAAGAAUAUCAAAAUAAUCAUAUUUAUCAUCGCGAUGAUAAUAAUGAAAAUUCAUCGUCAUCAAAACAAUCAUUAAAUAAUCUUCCAGUAGCUGAUAUUUCAAUUGGACCAUUAGAAAAACCUGUAUUAGAAGAAUCUUAUCCUAAUAUGAGCGUUAAUUUUUCAUUAAUGUCUCCAAUUAAACCUUGGAAUAAUUUAUUAAUAAAUAAUUCACUAAAUGAAAUAAUGAAUGAUAGUUCUCGAUCAAUCCAUAUUGAUCAAUUCGAUGAUGAUAAUGAUGAAGACGAGGAUGAAUCGUUAUUUAGUGCUCUUCAUGAUUAUUUAUUUAAUUUUGAUUGGCUUCAACAAUUAUUACUUGAAGAACAAUAUAUUUUUGAAUAUUCACUUGAAUAUGGAUUUUUACGUUUACCACCAGAAACUCGACAACGACUUAAAAUUGAAGUUCUACUGGUUCCAUUAGAUAUAACAAAUAAUACAUGUUUUGGUGGUGGUCUUAGUCGAUUUAUGCUUGAUCAUUUUAUUGGAUAUGAAGAAAUCCUAAUGUCUAGUAUAAAACAAUUAGCUGAAAAAGAAACUAAUAAAGGUAAAUUAAAUAUCAUAUGUACUUCAAAUCAUUAUAGUCGAAAAAAAGAACAUUCUUUAGGUUAUGUUCGAAAUGUGAUGACUAAUGAUCAUUUUCGUUUUGUCAGUUCAUUGCAAAAUCAUCGAUGGUGGACAUAUUCAGUCGCUUUAUGUAUCAUGGUUGUUUUUACAAUUAGUAUUUCAAUGCUUCUUCGAUAUUCACAUUUUCAAAUAUUUCUUUUUAUCAUUGAUCUUUUACGCAUGAUUGAACAUAAUACAUCAGUCGUAUUUCCUGCUGCUCCAUUACUGACUGUCAUAUUGGCACUUAUCGGUAUGGAAGCAAUUAUGUCGGAAUUUUUUAAUGACGCAUCAACAGGUGAUUAA